UCUCUCUCUCUCUGUCUGGUUUCCACACUCGCGCGUGCUUCCAAGGACGCGACCUUUUUGCCCUUUCUUCUUUUCUCUUUAUCGGGGAUCAGAAUAGGAAUAGGGCUUGCUUCCCGUGUCAUGCCCCCCUCGCCUCCCGAUUGGUAAAGCUUCUCGCUUGUUUCAUUCCGCCUCCGCCAUGAACCGCCUUCUGACGGUGGUAGCGGAGGCCGCCGACUACUCUUUCGCCGUCGAGUACAAUGGCCCCCCGCUCCCAUACGAGAUCCCCCGCGCCGUUCCCAUCGACGUCAACCGCAUCCCUCUCGCCGCCGUCGCCCCGCCCUCCGCGGUCCUCUCCGACCUCCCCGUCGUCCACCCCCUCCCCUCCCCUUUCAAGAAGCCGCCGCCGCCGCCGCUCCCUGCGCCGACGCUGAUCCCGCCGCUCCCCGCCGCGUCCCCGACCUCCGUCAUCGAGAACCACGACGACAUGGACGGCCCUGACGCCGAUGUCUCCGGCGCGCUGGGCUCCUCCGGCUUCCCCGACAUCUCCACGGAGCUCUCGGAGGUCGUGGAGAGCUCCGGCGCAGUCGGGUUCUCCGACGAUCUCGGUUACGACGCGACUUCCUCGAACGAGAUGGUGCCGAACCGGCUCUCGACCGAGUCGGCCCUCAGCUCGGAGUUGAGCUUCCGGUCGUCCGCCUCCGGCGACGAGGACGAGGACGAGGCCGUCGCUACCCAUGCGAAGAAGGCGCUGCUCGUGACCUUCCAAGAAUCCGGCCAGUCUGGUGAUUCCAUGUCGCCGGCGAUAGGACUCACUCCUCGUACGAGGUCGGAGGAACUGGAAAUGCCGAUAAAAAAGGGAGCUUGCUAUAGGUGCCUGAAAGGAAGCCGUUUCACGGAGAAAGAGUCCUGCUUGGCCUGCGACGCAAGGUACUGCAGCGGGUGCGUGUUGAGGGUCAUGGGCUCCAUGCCCGAAGGUAGGAAGUGCGUUUCUUGCAUUGGUUAUCCGAUACUGGAGUCAAAUAGGGAGAGACUGGGGAAGAGCUCCCGGGUCUUAAAGAGGUUACUGAGCUCUCGGGAAGUGCAUCUGGUGAUGAAGGCCGAGAAGGACUGCGAGACAAACCAAUUGAGACCGGAAGAUAUUUGUGUUAACGGGAAGAAGCUCACCCUGGAGGAGAUGGUCCUGUUGAAAAGCUGUUCUUGUCCUCCUAAGCUGAAGCCUGGAUUGUAUUGGUACGACAAGGUCUCUGGUUACUGGGGAAAGGAAGGGCACAAGCCCGACAGAAUCAUUACUCCACACCUUAAUGUUGGGGGUACUUUAAUGCCAAAUGCAAGCAAUGGAAACACUGGAAUCCUGAUAAAUGGUCGGGAAAUUACUAAAAUUGAGCUGCAGAUGCUGAAGUGGGCAGGAGUCCAUUGUGCUGGGAGUCCUCAUUUUUGGCUGAAUGCUGAUGGGACAUACCUGGAGGAAGGACAGAAGAAUAUAAAAGGACAGAUUUGGGGAAAGCCUAUUAUGAAGCUGCUCUGCCCUGUUCUUGCAUUGCCAUUUCCUAGUAAGGUUGCAAAUCCUUCUGGAGAAGAGGUAAAUAAGUUGUUCAACAGAGCUGUUUCCGAGUGCUUUGAUGUAAAAGCACUCCAGAAGAUUUUGUUGGUUGGACACCAUGGAUCAGGGACGGGUACAAUUUUCAAACAGGUACUUUUGAUGAAUGCGACACAGAUUGCAAUAACAGAAAGCAUCACAUACUUAGGCCAGUAAUUGUUUUGUCCGAUAGAUGUAGAUGAAUGCUUCUAUUUUCAUGUUUAGAGCAGCCAACUAUAGGAACCUUUUAGUCAAAGGUUUUGUCUAAUCUUGUAAAAGUACAUCAGAAUGUUGAGAGCAUGUCAUUGAUUUUUAGCAUAUUUUAUGUCCUUGUGGUCCUGACUUUCUUUGUGGACCGUUGUGCUUAUAUGGAACUUGCCCAAAGUAAUACAUGACAUGAAGUUUGAACACUGAACUAGGGUGAUGCUUUUUAUUUGUUAGUUAUGAGCCUACAAUAAGAAAUCAAAGCAUGCAAUUGAUGCAAAAGUAGUCCCAAUUUCUGAUUUACUUGCCAUAGUGUGCCCUAUGCCAAAUACUGGUUCACAUGGCAUACUACGUGAUGUGUGUCACAGCACAGGGAUUGUGCUGAUUGGCAUGGGUUUUGGCACAGAUCCUGCAACGGGUGGAUGUUCUUUGCACUGUGCUUGAAAGGCAUCAUCAGCAUUCCAUGUGCUGAUACCAGCACAGUUCAGAACAGCCGAAGCAGGGCAAAAAAAAAACUUAAUUGUGAUUUUAAUAAAAAGAGGAGGUAGAUUGUCAGAUUGGGUAGUUAUUUUGCCAGGUUUGACUGUAUAUCCUUAGAUGGGGGGUGAUUCCUGGAGAUCUUGUAACCAUUUUGUUAUCUGACGUUUGAGGAGCUUAUAUGAACAGAAAGGUUUUCUAAUUAGAAGGUUGUACCCUUUUUGCGAUCAAUGAAUUAUAUAGGCGAAAAACAGCUGAAACCAGUUGGGAACCGAAAGAAUCUUGCCUAAGGUAUAUUACUUUUUGUAGAUAGUUCAUCAGGAACUCAUUCUUGAUUCGGUCUAUUUCUGGGUUCUCCUCUUCCAACCAGUGUGGGAAGUGUGUCUAAAUAACUAAAUUUAAUGAAUAAAAUUCAUGACUCUUUAAUUUUAGGAGUAUAUCAGUUAUAACCAAC